AUGACAGUCGCGUACGAUUUAACCCACCGAGGGUCUUCGACACCUCAAGCUUCAGCAGGACAGGCGUUGGAAGACAGAUUCGAAAUUUUGAAGGAUAUUGGAGAUGGUAGCUUUGGUAGUGUCGUUCUAGCACGAGUGCGCGGGGCAGGAGCCAGUGUAGCUCGACGCGGAACAAUUAUUGCUAUCAAGACGAUGAAGAAGACCUUUGAAUCAUUUCAACCAUGUCUAGAACUACGAGAAGUCGUAUUCUUAAAAACGCUACCACCUCAUCAACACCUCGUACCAGCAUUGGAUAUAUUCCUCGACCCUUUCACCAAAAAGUUGCACAUUGCCAUGGAAUACAUGGAUGGCAACUUAUAUCAAUUGAUGAAGGCUCGUGAUCACAAGUGCCUCGAUGUUUCAAGUGUCAAGAGUAUCCUGUUCCAGAUCAUGCAAGGACUUGAGCAUAUUCACGCUCAUCAUUUCUUCCAUCGCGAUAUAAAACCAGAAAACAUCCUCGUUUCCACAUCGGCACAAGAUUCAGGAAACUCCUUCCGACGGUACUCCGCCAUGGUCACCCCUCCUUCUACACCACCAGCUUACACCGUCAAGAUCGCCGACUUUGGUCUUGCACGAGAGACACAUUCAAAGUUACCCUACACAACCUACGUAUCGACUCGAUGGUACAGAGCCCCAGAAGUACUACUCAGAGCAGGAGAGUACUCGGCCCCGGUGGAUAUUUGGGCAAUUGGUGCUAUGGCAGUGGAAAUUGCAACUUUGAAACCUUUAUUCCCUGGAGGAAAUGAAGUCGAUCAGGUUUGGAGGGUGUGUGAAAUCAUGGGUAGCCCAGGGAACUGGUACAACAAGGCCGGCGAGAGAGUUGGAGGAGGUGAUUGGAGAGAAGGCACGAGAUUGGCCGGCAAACUUGGAUUCUCAUUCCCCAAAAUGGCGCCACAUUCCAUGGACACGAUUCUUCAAACGCCGCAGUGGCCAGCAUCAUUGGCAAAAUUCGUCACGUGGUGUUUAAUGUGGGACCCUAAGAGUCGACCAACAUCAACUCAGGCGAUGGCUCACGAGUUCUUUACUGAUGCUGUGGAUCCAUUACGGCCUAAGUCUUCAUCGAGGAUACUCGGUCGCAAACCUUCUGACCUAAGCUAUCGUAGCUCAAAGGACUUCUCGGAGACAACUCCAACUUCUUCAGCAACAACAAAACCUUCCUGGUUCAGAAAGUCUUUGAUCGGCAGAAAUGAUAAUCCCAGCACCGCUGUUGUUCAACCUAAGGAGAAAGAAAACGUGGCAUCCAAACCUUCACCAGUACUUGCAGCUACAAUUAGUGAGAUUCCUGUAGUUAAGACACGUCAGCCUGCUGCUAAGCGGUCAACAUGGGCUAACGGGGCUACUAACGCAGCGCCAAUGCCGAUCUUGCCGACAAUUAAGCCCAUUUCCCCAAUUUCUGACACUGCAACAGCACAAGCAAGCAGCAGAACGCCAUCAUACAAUGAUCUCUAUCCUGGACAAAUUGAUAAGGGCUCAAAGAAAAUUGGUCGACAAUUAUCAGUUGCCUCGAGUACGAAUCAUUAUGCGGAAAUUCAUCGACAACAAGCGGAGAUGGCAUUAAAUGGAAAUUCUGGUUUAGUAUCUCCUCCAAGUGGCCACAAAGAAAGCUUCUUCUCCCACCUAAGGAAGCGUGCAAGAAGAUUCUCUGGUCGACAAUCUCAAACUCCCAUGUCACCAAAAUCAAUGGACCUUGAAUCACAAGCUGGAUGUGGACCUUGGUCGAGCAACAGAUCAUCGAUGGUAUUGGAUGGUGCUCAGCCUUCUAGCCCUGCUCCGCCAAAAGUUGAUUCGCACGAAGCAUUGGAUAAGGCGUUGCGUACCGUUCAGCAAAAUUUGGACUCCCCUCAGAGUACAAAUUCCCCGCCUAUACCACCGAGCCAUCAAAUUAACCCAAGCAGUGUUCUAAAGAGACAUCACUCCGUUCCUUAUCAACAGCCACCGCGCUCAACCGCCGAUAUUCCAAGAUCUGUUGCACCCAACCCCACUAGGAACAGGAGGAGCCAAAUACCAGGUGUUCAGCAAUAUGAGACUCCUGAUGAGGAGGACGAAUUGCUUGAUGAAGCUCUGACAUCAACGAAGAAGCCCAUGAGACGCGGAAAUUCAGUCCAGACCGAUCAUCGAAAACCGUUAAGACAAUCACACAGUAAUACUGGGUUAAAUCCAUAUCCUACACCCUCUCCAUCUGCUAAUGGCAAUUCGAUACUCUUUGGUCAAGUGAUAACCAAUAUUUCGCCAACUCCAAAACCCCAUGGAUCUAAUAAGCAAUCUUCGACACCACCAUCCGACUAUGAGGAGAAUGAGUGGGCGGCAUCUGCGGCUGCUAGUAUAUUCGCAGCACAAAAUCGAUUCUAG